CUGAGGACAGUCUAGAAAGAAAGCGCAAGGUUCCUAAUCUCACCCCCAUAACCAAUCCAUUGGCCAUGAUGUUGAAAGGAUUGCAGCAAAGAUGGGAAUGUUCUCUACUUGUGCGAUCGUGAACCGAAGCUUCUUUGAUAUCGUGAAAGACAACUAUCCUCCUCCUAUUCCUUGUUGGAGAGAAUGCAAGCCUGUCAGAAUCUUCCAAGAUUUCUGCCUUAUGCUUCAGAGAGAUUGAUUAAGAACAAUAGGAAAAGCAGCAAAUUAAACAUCAUUGACGAUUCACCCGGAUCCAAAGUAUCAGAAGAAGAUUUAAUAACAUUGCCAGGUGCAGUGCAACAGUCCUUGCCACCUUUAAGAAAAGCAAAUGGGACAUUACUACAAAAUGGAUUUAAUGAUGAUUUAGCACUUACUACAAGUAGCUUGCUGAAAAAGAAUGGACCAAUACAAGAAAUCAGGGAGAGACCAAGAUCUGCUGACAUUCUACAAGAACUUUUAGUUCAGGGGAUCUUAAACCAGGCCCACAAUGAAGAGUGGCAAGAGGUUCACAGUCCCAUGUUUGACGUGAAGUCAACUGAGGGAAUUUUAAAGAAACCUCCAUCAAGACUUGACAAACUAAAGAAUGAAAUAACUAUACAAAAGAGUGUGACAAUAGAGGAGAUUGAAAAUAAAAUGAUAGCAGCAGAGGAAAGGAGGAAGAUGAAAGAAGUCAAGUUAAAGGAAAGACUGAAUAAGUUUAAUUCUUCACCGGCGAUAGUACAAGAAGAAACUACUAGGAUACCUCCAGAACCUGACCAGGCAAAAGUGGAAGAAGUUGUUGAGAAAAUAAAUACCAAACACAAAGAAAACCAGCAAGAACAACAGGAGAUCACAAAGGAAAAGGAUGAAAACAGCGACCUAGUUGACGAGAAUGGAUUAAACCAUCAGGAGAGAAAGAUUAAUGCAGGGGACUGUUGUGAGGUUGUAGAAUUUGAUGAUGGACAUUAUUUGACAACAAAAAUAGCUGACGAAGUAAUUGUGAACAAAAUCUGAAUCAAUACUGCACAUGAUACAUCAAUCACCGCCUGUAAUGUCUUAGUGAAAAUUUUCACCUUUGUUGCAUUGUCUUAAACUAAGAUUUGCCAAAAUGUA